CGGCGGCCCCUUCCACACGAUCGUCGAAGGGCUCUCGCGGCCGCACCUGGUCGAACCUCAGGGCACGCCCGUCGGCAUCAGCAUCGUGCCCCUGCACCACGCCGGAUACUCUCAGCCUCACGGUGUGGGGCCCGUGACCGUGCAUGUGACCCAAGUGGGCGUUCACCAGGCCCCCGUGAUCGGUGUGUCCGCCGCGCCGGCCGGCGCCGUCCGCAACGGUCCCCUCGCCCUUCACGCUUCGCACGUGCUGCUGAACGCAAUCUCGUCGCCGGGCAUGGUGCUCCACGGUGCGCCCGUACUAGCUGGCGCCGCUUACGAACCUGCUGUCAAGUCCGCACCUGUCGAAGCCGUGCUGCCUGUGAAACCAGUGAAUGAGGAAGAGCUCGUGCCGCAGCCGUACUCGUUUGGCUACGAGAUCUCGGACGGCCACGGCAACAAGCAAGUUCGCCAUGAGGUGAGCGAUGGCCACAACCGUAAACGAGGCUCGUACGGCUUCGUUGACGCGCACGGCGUCUACCGGCAAGUACGGUAUGUGGCCGACCACAAUGGCUUCCGCGCCACCAUCGACACGAACGAGCCGGGAGUCGCAGCAGGCUACUCCGCUGCAGCAGUGUUCAAAGUCGGUCAGAGACAAACCAGACCUGUGGUCCACCACCGGCCAAUACCACCCCCGCCGCACAGAGUGCCUGUGGUCGUCCAGAAUGCUCUGCCAAAGCGUCUCGUCCAGAAGCCCGUUGGAGUUUCAGCGGCCUUCCAUGGAGCCGUUCCGGUGGCUCCUGCUGGAGUUCCUGUGGGAGUCGUGGCACCCGGUGGAGAUCCAGCAUUGCAGGCACUGCAAGUCGUGCAGGGUCUUCACGGCAAGGCGUUGACAGCUCUCCCGGUCUCGUCAGUACAGUACACUCCGGGGUUAGAGCACUCUGGAGGCGUGGAUUUCAUCCCGUCGGCUCCACGCCUGACGGCAGCCUCAACGGCUGGAUCCAGUCUCAUCGACCCACGUCGUUCUCACGUGACUUACGUUGAGGCACCUCAGGAACACCCUUUUGCGAACUUGAGGACGCACCCUCCAGUGUUUCACGAGGGUGGUCCAGGAGCUCACAAACAACACUAGUCUUCCCUUAGCUGUGUAAAUAGUUAAUGUUUGCUCUGUUU